GAAUCCAUUAAAAAAAGGCGAGAGUAUGGCGUUGAACGUGGUAUCAUCAUAUGUGCUGCGUCUAUCUUCAGCCACGUCUUUGACCUCCUCAACCACCAUCAAAAAAGCCUUCGUUACACCUCGAUUUGCUUCCUCUCCCCCGAAUCUAAGCCUCCUUCGUCGAGGUUUUCGUCGUAUAACAGCAAUGGGUUCUUCAGCUCCUGGAUCGGUUAAUAAGGGAGAGGAAGAGUGGCGUGCGAUUCUCUCUCCUGAGCAAUUCAGGAUCCUCAGGCAGAAAGGCACUGAAUAUCCAGGGACAGGAGAAUACAACAAAGUAUUCGCAGACGGGAUCUAUAGCUGUGCAGGAUGUGGGACUCCUCUAUACAAAUCCGCCACCAAGUUCGACUCUGGCUGUGGCUGGCCUGCUUUCUUUGACGGCCUCCCAGGGGCCAUUAACCGAACCGCGGAUCCAGACGGGAGAAGAAUAGAGAUCACUUGUGCAGCUUGUGGAGGACAUCUCGGACAUGUUUUCAAAGGAGAAGGUUUCCCUACUCCUACCGAUGAGCGACACUGUGUCAACAGUGUCUCCCUCAAGUUCGCACCGGGGAAUGCAACCUUGUGAUAAUAAUAAUAAUGUAUACUUGUGAUGUGUGAAACUUCUCUGUCCCUCCCUCCCGCUGGCUCGCACUUUGUUUUUGUCUUGCUAUUUGAAACUAGUGUGACCGCUAGUAGUAAUAAGGUCGUCGAAUUGAAGUCUUGAGACUCUUGGUUAUUGUCAUAUAAAGAUUGGUGAAUAAUGUUUCUUAGAAAUGACUCGAAUCACUCUUGUUUCUCGACCA